AUGGAAGAGGAAGCCCAGUGUGCGUAUAAUCGUCAUGUUCUCAUAGAGGUGGAAAGCGUGCUGGGUGAGAUGGUGUAUGACGUUGAAAGUUGCGAACAGGAGUGCGAAUUACUGAGGUUGCGACAGCAACUGCGUGCUACAGAGAGCUCUCUGAUCGAAUACCAGGAGCGAGAAAUUGAAUUAUUAGAAGAGAGGCAACAGGCUUACGAUUAUGCUUUAAAAGUGGAGCAAGAAGGUAGAUUGAUAAUGAGCAAGCUAAAUGAUUACAUGUCGGUGGUUGUAACAGAGCUUGCGAAGAAGGAAGUUCUAGAAAAGGAAUUGCAGCAAGCAAAUAGGCAGAUAAAGCUCACAGGACAGUUGUCAAAAGAGCUGGCAAGUGCACAACGAGAAAUACGUGAGUUGCGACGCGCAAAUGAUAUUCAGUUUAUUCUCAAAAGAAACAACUCCAUGCCGGCAAAGCCUGUGUCAGACUCGAAAAUCGAACGCCAUAAAUUUGCGCACACCACAUCAGGAUUGGAUUUAAAGUCGAGUGCAAUGAGAGAGACUAGACAUCCGUUCUCAUUGAUGCCGGACAACAUCAUGCUCAAAUUGUUUUCGUUUUUGGACAAGGAUAGUAUGGUCGCCAUUAGUGUCACCGAUAAAGUGUUAGUGAAGCGGGUAAAUGUGCUAUUUGGUGUGACACCGCCUUCUGGCUGGGCGAAAACUAUUCCUCCCGCUCCAGUGAAACAACGGAUAUCAUCGCCUCGAACUCGAAAGUCGCCCAAGCUUCGCAACCUUAAAUUAAUCGGAUCAUCAGAAAAAGACAAGCUUUCAAAGGUGGAUGCAGUCGUGAAGUCACUCAAGCCCGAUCAAAUCAAGCUGUUUCACGAUAUGUCGACUAGAGUGAAGACGUUAGAGGCUCAUCUUAGUCAAGUGCAGACCGAAAAGGAGGAUUUGGCAGCACGGUUGUAUAGCGCGGAGAGUGUACGUGACUUUUUGAUGGAGAAAAUGAAAGAUUUGGAGGACGUGCUUGCCAGCAACAUGACUACAAUUACAAAAAAGGAUGAACAAGCUGCUAUGGAUCGCGAAAUUAUUGGCUUUCUCGAUGCCACGACACAAGAGUACGAGGUCGCGCUAAAAGAGUACGCGCACCAGAACAAUGGUCUUCGUAUGGAACUUGCCCAGCGUCAAGAAGAGCACUCGUCCAAGACAUUGAUCAUUCAAGACAUGGUUGAACUGCUUGCUGAGGAAAAGAAGGAGCUUGAGGCUCAAGUUCGGUCUCAGCGCAAAAUUCUCGUUCGCGAAGUUAAGGCACUGCGCGCACAAAAUCAGCAGCUCGCCGUUGAAAAAGAUCAUUAUUUUGCGCAACUUAAACAGCUUAAGCAUGCGUUGCGGCACCUUGACCAGCUCAGCUAA